CGGGAGAGUGGAGCAAGCUGACUGGUGAGCUCUGCAAGGCCUAUCUGCGCUACUACGGCCUGCGGCUGAGCGACUCGAAGGCGAAUUUGAUCAGUCGCAUUCAGAGACAUUACGAACUCAAGGACGUCCAGUCAGCUAAGCGCCAGUACCCACGCGCGUCCUUCUUCAUCAAUUGUACAG